GACAACGGGAGGGAAAUUAGAACCGUAUGGGUUUUCGAACUCGUGAAAAUUAGUCCCGUGUCAGACGUUGUCGUGUUCGGUGGGUGGGGAGUGUACUGCCGAAAUAUAUUCUGUGAUAACUGGCCAGCUGCUCCACGCUGAGACACAAGAUGCGUUCCGAGGUGCUGGUGGAGAUGGCAGGCGGAGGCGGGCGCUCCUCCACGCCCACCGAAGACCUGAUGAGCAGCGGUUGGCUUUACCACGUGCACGACCUCUCCUUUAAGACACUCAGGGACCGGGAGCACGCCGUCAGGAGCUCCUUGCCGCACGAUCCGAGGACGUGGAGCAGAGAAGACGUGCACCGCUGGCUUCACCACGUGUCUGAAGCGCACCAGCUGCCCAGGGUGUUCCCCGAGCGCUUCCUCAUGAACGGCAAGGCUCUCUGCCUCAUGACUCUGGACAUGUUCGUGCAGCGGGUUCCCCUCGGAGGCAAACUUCUCUAUAAGGACUUUCAGCUUCGCCUCUGCAACGCCAUGUACGCCUGAGAGAGCUUCGCUGUGGUGAUGCGUCUCGGGUUCUCCAGUGAGGAUGGAAACUCGCUAUCCGUGUGGCUGUAGUGGGUCCUGGUGUCUAUACGUGUGUUUUGGGUAUUGAUGAUUGCGUAGCCGUAGCAGGAGCGGUGACGUAGGGCUGUGGCGUGGUGCUCUUCAUCUCUUCGGUGAUGUGAUUCGUUCCAUCAUUCACUCACAGCUACGUCGUUACUGGAAGACUUACUGACUGCUGUGUGUCUCCUGUGACUUGUGUCUCUUCCUGUGAGUGUGGAGUGCCGGCGUGGCAGUGUGGUGGUCUCCCACACGGUGCUAAGAACACAAAGAUUAGAAACUUGAGCGCCCGAGUACCUGUAUCUAAUGUGGAAUCGCUUCUCACUGUCCUGAACCGCACGUCGACGCCAUAAUUUCCUCAGGUAGGAUGAUCUGGAAGGAAAACCCACCUCGCCUUCUCACGUCAUGCAGUGUCUUCAUGGAUCUCCUCUCCGCGGUGACUUGGCGGCCUUGCGGCUGAGCGGGACACUCCGAGCCAAGGGAGAAUGGGCGCAAUGGUACAUAGAGUACAAUGCUUGCCGCUGCCUGGCCCUCCGCGGCGGCGAGGAAAUGGGCUCCUUUGUGAUGCUUCGCAGAGGCUGUUGAAGCCUUCCCUCUCCCACCCCGUCCCGCCCCGCCCCUCCAUCCUCCCGUGGGUAGCGUGAGGGAGGGAAGGGCGCUCGGCUGACCACCCUCGCACCGCCCUUCGCCCUCCAACACCAGGCCGGCCAACAAACAGGAAACCGGUACACGGCACUUCCUGGUCCCGGCCGCGGCGCCGAGGGGAAGCGUCGCACUUCCGUCCAACAUCACCAAUAGCCUCCCUCCCCCUCGUUCACCACCACCACCACUUUUACAACAGCCACUUCAACAACAAGAACAAGGAGGAGAGGAAGAAGAAGGAGAAGAAUCACAAUCGGCAGUAGAGUUUAACUUGUUCUGUUCUGUAUUGUUGACAAUUGUAACUCAUUUUAGACGUUCAUCUUUCUCAUUCAAGCACUGCUACCAUUAUUAUUGAUGCUGCUGCUGUUGUUGCUGUUAUUGUUGAUCUUGUUAUAAGAAGUAACAGUAUUAUAAAUCAUUAUCAUCAUCAUCAUCAUCAACUAGUAAUCACAACAAUAACAGCAGCAGCAGCAGCAGCAGAAACAAGAACAACAGUGGCAGGAGAAAUAGCAGCAGCAACAGUAGCAUUAACAACAACAACAACAACUACUACUACUACUACUACUACUACUACUACUACUACUACUACUACUACUACUACUACUACUACAAUAAUCCUUGCCUCGACUGCCAUGAUUAACACAGACUCACUACAGAUUUUCUUGGCAUGUGUUCGCCCUGCCCUGAGUGCCGCGAGGGUUGGGGGCGGUGCGGUGGUUGGGGAGGUAGGGAGGGGGCGUGGCGGGGGGUCGGGAGGGUACAAGGGGUAGCGGACAUCCUGGUAGUCAAUCGAGAAUCAAUGUUGUAAUAGACGACCCGCCCUCCGCCACACAACUGUCACUUCCGCCCUGGUGCCAUACACACACACACACACACACACACACACACACACACACACACACACACACACGAGGGUUAGCAUUAUUGGGUACGAUUUAAAAACCUAUCCAGUGUCCACACAUCUCCAUCAUGGAUCUCCAAAUUCCCUUUUUUUUUCUUUCAUCUUAUUUACCUUUACUUAUUGAUUCGUUCAUAUUUUCUUUUGUUUCAUUUGUUUUGUUUUGUUUGCUCGUUUCUUUCUUUGGCGCUUCUUUUCAUGAGC